AUGGAGGAACUAUAUAGGCCGUUGACAGAUGACCUUUCAAAAAUCGAAGAAUUCAGUAAACAGCUAUUACAUAUUGGACCGGAAAGUAUCCAGAAUGUAUGCAGUUUUAUGAUGGAAUUAAUAGAUAAGAAAAUUUUAAGCGUAAAUAACGCAAUUCAUGCACUUGAUGUAUUUUCUGAGCGUAGACCACACAAUCUCAAAUAUUAUGGAGAAGUUUUUGCAUUUAUAACUUCUCAGACAAGAUUUGCAAAUAUCACAAAGCACAUUAAAUUCAGAACACGCAUAUUCACUGCAUUAUUAGUAGAUAAAGGCCUUUUGCCAGGUUGGGCACCUCCAAUCGAAUAUAAUGGAUGGUCGAAUGAAGAAAUCUUGCAAAUUUAUAGUAACGGAUAUUUUAGAAGCAUAUUCAAUGAUGAUCUCGAUAAGCUUAUUGAUGACCUUGAAAAUUGUGCUCCAAAUGAUAGCCGUUUCACUGUAAUUGAUAUUCUUCUUGAUUUCGCAGCCAAAUGCGGCUCGGAUAAAAUAUUCAAGUAUUUAUAUUCAAUUGGAGCGAAUUCAACAGAAAAGACGCUUCAUAAAGCAUUUUGUGGAAAUAAUUUAGAAAUUAUAAAUAUCUUAGAACAAAAACAUAAAAUAUCACAAAAAUGUAUUGACAAUGCUGUAAAAUAUCAUCACAAUGAUCUUGUUGUUUACUUAAUGACAAAAUACAAUUUGAAUUAUGAUUAUCAAAUUUGUUUCAGUAAUUUUGUUUCCGAGAAUCCUAAUAGCAUGAGUUGCUUUGAUUUAGCUGUUAAUACAUUCUUAUCUCCUUUUGUUUCAUAUUUAAUUGACAAGAAAUUAACACAAAGUAUUAAAACAAUUAAUGCUCCAAUGUUGUUCUUCCGCCAUGAAAUUAACAUGGCAAAGCUAUUGAUAGAUAAUGGAAUUAUUCCAGAAGAUGCAUUCCAACUCUGCUGUCAAUCGAAUUCUGUUGAAAUUGCAAAAAUUCUUGUCGAAAAUGGUCAUAAAUUUGAAGAUAAAUAUCUUUUUGAUUGUAUCAGUUGCAGAAGCUAUGAAAUGGCUUGUUUCCUUAUUGAUCAAGGUACAGAUGUUAAUACAAUUGCUAAUGGACAACCAGUAAUUUGCGCUGCAUUGAAGUUCAAUCACUUUGAAUUCUUUAAGUUAUUACUUGAUCAUCAUGCAAAGAUUGAUUUCUUCGUUUCAAAAACAACUCCAUUUUUGAAUUAUGUUGUUAGUUCAGCUCCAUUUGAAUACGUUUGUUGCUUGCUUCAAGAUAGGAAUAAUAAAAUAAACUUGGAAACUCGUGAUAAAGAUGGAACUACUCCAUUUAUUGCUUCUUGUAUCAGAGGAGAUAUAAAUAUUGUAAAAUUACUCAUCAAAAAAGGAUGCGAUCUCAAUGCUGUUAAUAAAAAUAACCAAUCUGGAUUGAUCAUUGCUACUAAGAAGAAAUUUAUUGAUAUUUGCGCUCUUCUUGUUGAAAAUCACUGCGAUAAAUCAAUUCAAACUAAAUUUGGAGAAACUGCGCAAUCCAUAGCAGAAAAAUACAAGAAUAGCGAUCUUCUAAACAUUUUAAAGGAGUAA